GCGUUAAUCAUCCUCUUCCUCAUUAUGAUUCACCGGACAUAUGUCAGUAUGAGGAACUGAGCCGUGACUGAGGAUGUUAAAACCUGGUCGCUUUUGGAUGCAGCUUAAUGUAAAGUUUCCAGUUUAGAAAAAUUACGUUGACGGGCGGGUGUGAUUGUGUGUACGCCUGUUUGUUUUUGUUUUUUUUUUUCAAUACGGUCACACCCAGAGGAUAAUUAAGUCAGAUGGUCAGAGAGACAGCGAGGAGGAAGUUUGAAGAUGGACCAAGACAGUCCCAUUUCCAGGGUGGAGAGGACUUUCUGGACAGUUUGGUACUAUAUAACCGACGCUGUGAACAGAUUCCUCAGACCAGAGCCCACUAACACCGUCAGCAAUGACCCGAACUCCUUCCAGCAAUCUGCAGUUGAGAGCGAGCCUGGUGCCAGUGGUCGCCCAGAGGGUGACACUAGCGGUGGAGAUGUCGAUGAGGAACACAGUGUUGCGACAGCCUCGCUGCUUAGUUCAUCUCGGCCAGUUGUUGCCUGGGAACUUUGCACCACAGAAAUUGACUUAGGCCCUGAGAAAGAAAGCAUGCAGUACAAAAGCCAGCCGAGUGGAGGUAGUGAAAGCAAAGCAUCUGAGGAAGGUGAGGAAAUCAGGCAAGAACACCUCAGCCAAACAGGUAAUGAUGAUGCAGGGCUGCUCGUUGAUAAAGGUGCAAGAGAAAAAAAUGACAAAGAAGAGGAAAGUGGAGAUUGGAACUUGUACACACACAGACAAGGUGAAACACCGGAUAAUUAUGAAUGUGAAGAACAUUCAAAGAUGGGAUCACUAAAUCGUACAGGCGAUGAAGUGAUUGAAGACAUAGAGGGAAGGGGAAGAAAGGCUGAUGCUAAGGAGGAAACUCAGGGGGAAAUAACACCGGAUGAUGACCAAGAAACGGAUGAAACCACGAGAAACAUCCAAAUAAAGGAAGAAGCUGAUAAAAUGCACCAUGAAAAUGAGCAGGGUUUGGAGGCAGAAGACACUGAGACAACACAGCGCUCGUUGACAGAUUUUAGUUUAGAAGAUGAGCACAACGUGGACAUAGAAGAGGCGAGAGUCCAGAGGGACGAGGCAGACACAGCAGUGGUGCAUGAAGAAGUAGAAAACAGUGAUGGCAAGUUACAGCUGGUCGUGGAAACUGAAAACAAGUAUGAUGAGUGGGCAAAACAAGUUGAAAAUCCGUUCUUAGUCUGUGAAGAACUGUCAGAAAAUGACAGCAAUGUAAAGGGAGACGACCCAGGCCUUAUUUCACUGAAUGAUGAAUUGAAAAUGACCUUCAAAAAAUGUGGCAGUGUGUCAGAGGAUGUUGGACAAGAGUAUGUGAUGUCUCAUGAAAGCGAAAGUGAGAAAGCUGAGGCUGAAAGAGAGGAGGAUGAGAGGGAGCAAAGUGGAGAACAGAAUGUGAACGAGACUGCAGACAACCAGGCAUUAGAUGAAGAGCCAGAGCAGGAAGAAGACAUGAAAACAGUUACAGUAGGCGGUCAGGGCACUGAACAUGAUACACACACAACAGACAUUGUGCAGAAUGCUGAAGCUGAGCUGUACGCAACUGAAUUCACAGAUAAAGGAAAAGAGGAUGUGGCUGAGGACAAUGAAGUGCAAACCAAAACAAGACAGACAAGCGGUGUUGGUGGCACAGUGGUCAAUGAAAAUUCUCAAGUGACAACAACAGACAUUUCAGUAGAUGAGACAUUUUUUGAUAAAGAUCAAGUAGAAGAGGAGAGGCUCUCCUUUGAGGAGGAUCACUACAAAGAUGGUUACAUAGAAGCAGCAUGUACAACCACCUCAAUUACAGCAAAACCUGAAGGCGAGACUGGACAGGAAAUAAGCGGAGAGUUUAAAAAUAUUCCUCUGGUACCAUGCGAAGGCCAGGUUGUUGUGUCGCGGGAGCUAAAUUCUGCAACAUGUGAGGAAACACAAGAGGGAGUUCCUGAAUACAACAAUGAGCCUGGGCCAGAUGAAAAUACAACACAGAGGUUCCUGGAAGAAGGAAAUUUGAAGGAAAUCCAGGCCAACAAAUUACCAGAAGAGGUGGAGAGCAACGAGUUGGAGAGCCUUCAAAACGGUCGCACUGAAGGUGACUCUUUACUGGUGAGGGUGCGUAUGGAAGAGGAACAAGAAAGCACAGAAGAUAUUAAGGAGCCGACUGGAAUACUGCACCUUACAGAUCCCGGAUUGCUGCAGGAAACAGAGAAGUUGCUUGUUGAACCAGUAGUUGAAGAAUCAGGACACUUGUUUGAGGAAGAAGACGGAAAAUUAUUAGACAGCUCAAUGAAGACAAAGAUCGAACAGUCAGAAAAGGAAUUUGAGACACACGAUGGUGUGAUAGAAGAGACAACAAAAGAGCUUCAAGGUGGGACUGAAGAGCUGUUGAUUGAAUUUGAAAUGUGUGAAGGGUUAAGCGACUCCAAAGAUGUUGCUGGAGAUGGCUGUGAGACAACGGGAGCCGUGGCAGCUGAAGAAUCGCUGGUCGGAUUCGCUGAAGAAAAAUUUAAAAUCCUUGAGGCUGUGACUGAGCUGAAAUUACUUGAAGAUACUACUGUAGCAAUGCAAGAUGCAGAGAUCGAUGUUGAAGAAACUGGUUAUGAGAUUGAUGUGGAGGCAGUAGAAGAUGAAAUGCAGAACAAAAAAGAGAGGGAAGUUUUAAAUUUGGAGGUAGCGGCACUGGCAGCAAAAAACAACGAAAACAUUAUGUUUACAGAAUCUGAAUUAUCAAGACCAGAUGAGUCACUGGAGACAACCAAUCAGCUAUCAGUUAAAGCAUUUGAGGUAAGCAAUGAGAUGUUAAUAGACACUGAAGCAGCAGAUGAAUUAAUGACAACAGAGACCAAACCAAAAGAUUUGGCUUUGAUAACAGAGGAGAUAGAGGCAAAGCAUGUGACAGAAUCAGAGGGGAGUUGUGCUGAAGAACCAAAUAGCUCAGUCAGUGGAUGUCAAGACUUGAUUGAUGAAGAAAUCCUUGACUUGUGGAUACAGACGGCAUUGUCGAAGGACACGAAUGGCAUGGAACAAGAAGAAGAAGGGCCUGAACCUGGACAACAAAUGGACACCAAAACAGAGCCAUCGAGUGAGGAACAAGAUGAACUGCCAUUAGUGCAGUCAGAGAAGGAGAAAGAGCAACUUGUGGAGUCAAAUGCAGGAGAAUGUGGAUUAGUGAGUGACGUAGAAAUGUCUUCAUCAACAGCAGAGUCUGGAUUUUUGGACCAGUCUGUCAGUGAAUGGGACACAGACCACAGUGAAAUCCAGCUACUCAAAUCAAAUAGCAGUGGGUCAUUUCAGGACAUCCAUGACAUGUUGACUAGUACAACAGAAUCAACAGAUGUCUCUGAAUUGUCUACACAACAACCUUACUCUGAAUCUCAGGAUAUACUGAUGGAGGAAACAGUGGACAUGGGGCAAUCAAGUCUGACAGGAGAGGAAUCAGUCACUGAGACAGGAUUUUACCCUGAAUCAGGAGUGAUAUCAUCAGAGGCUGAACAUCUCAAUCAGGAAUUGGAAAAAUCACAAGAAAAAACAGACGAAGAACGAGCUGAAUCAGCAGAGACUGAAACUGGAUCACAGAAAGAGACUGAUGCUGAUGCAACAGACCCAAGGUGUACUGAAUGGAAAAACACUGAAGAGGCAGAUGUUGAGAGUCUGGCAAAAAUGAGACCUGUUUUCAAAGAUGAGAAAACUAAAGUUGAAGAUGUGCCUCUUGAGGUAACUGCGUCUGACUUUCCAGAUGAAAUCAAACAAGCUGAAUUAGGACAAGCUGGACGUGGCUCAGAGGCUUUGCUGCAUGAGGAAGUGAUGUUGCCAGAAUCACAAGACAACACCUUUGUCGAAUCUGAGAAAUCAUUGCAGUGGCCCUCACUGGACAAACCACAGCCCGAGUGGACAGAAGAUACUGAUGAAUCAUUACCUGAGCUAAACAGGGCUCAAGUGGCAGAACAGCCAGUGACAACUUUUGAAGAUCAGAGUGAGGUGGACUCAUCUGCACUGAACUUCACUGCACAAAGGUCAAGAAUUGCUGUUAAAAACCCUCGAGUGAGGCCACCCAAAGAUCCCCGCUCCCUGCUACAUAUGCCCUCACUGGAUCCCACACCCUCCUCACAUCUGCCAGUCAAGGUCCCUGCAGGUGUGCCUUUGGGUGGCAUGGGCAUUGGAAUAAAACUGCCUGGGCUUGGAGCAGGUUUUCCUGUUUUAAAAAAGACACAACAUGUGGUGAGAGAAGAAAAAAGCUCAGAACCGCUCUCACAGGAACCUGAACCAAAACCAGAGGAGGAGAGUGGCACACCCAAACAAGAUGAGGCACAAUACAAACCUAAAUGGAUGCCACCAAGACAUCCAGGGUUUGGAAAUCCGCUUAUGUCUGAGCUGAAGACCAAACUGAAGAAAACCCCAAAAGAGUGAUAAACAUGAAUUGUUAUGCAUUGUGUGAAUAUCUGAAUAUAAUGGCUUUGUUUUUUGGUGUAUUUAUCAAACUGAAUACAGUGAUGAGAUGUUGAGAUUAUGAGAUUGUGUCAGUUACUUUUUCCGUGUUUAAGGUUUGCAAUAAAGCUUAACUG